GGGUCACCGGAAUGUUCGAGGAGAGCAAAUAUAGUCGAGAGCGUCAUAGAGAAUAAGAGUAUCGCCCGACUAUAUUGCGUAAUCUAGUCAAAUCCUCUCUACAAAUGUCUGCAGAAACACAUAACCUCGCAGUAGAUAAAGUCCUAAACCGCGCCGGGUAUGCGACAACAUCCACUGAGCCAGCACAACUCCGAUCCAUACACAGCACUUCCAACACUGCACCUGAUCCAAGUACUCCAGCAACACGUCCUGUCGAAACCUCCCGCUAUCCUGACGCCAAACCUGCAGGACGUGCAGUGGGGCCUCAUCGAGCCCACUGAGCUUUGCAAGCAGCGUGCCGUCCAGCGCACGCUACGUGAGCAGUUCGUUCACUUGAUGAGGUGCCGCCUCGAUGCAGGAACAGCCAGCGCC